AUGAAACUUUCUCAAAAUAAGAAAUUGUUAUGUCUUAAUGACAUUGAAAAUGAAGCUUUAAAACAAUUACCGAAAAGAUACGGAGAUUAUUAUAAAGGUGGUGCAGACGAUGAAAUUACUUUAAGGAGGAAUUUAGAGAGCUAUAAAAACUUGUUGAUAAGACCGUUUUGUUUGAGAAAUGUUUCAAAUAUUAAUACAGAGAUAACCAUCAAACUUGGAAAUCAAGUUUUUUCAUUUCCUUAUCCAAUAGGAAUUUCACCCUCAGCAUUUCAUAGAUUAGCACAUGAUGGUGGUGAAAAAUUAACAGCAAAAGCAUGUCAUAAAGCUCAAGUUCCAGUUAUUUUUAGUACAAUGGGAAAUAUAUCUGUUUUUGAUAUAAAAAAGGAAAUUGAUGGUGAUUCUAAUUUAUGGUUUCAAUUAUAUGUUUAUAAAAAUAGAGAAAUUACCAAGAAAUUAGUUGAUAAUGCUAAAGCUGCUGGUUUUAAAGCUAUUGUCCUUACUGUUGAUACACCUGUUGUAGGUGCAAGAAGAGCAGAUAUAAGAAAUGAUUUUAAAUUACCUGAUCAUUUAGAGUUGGCUAAUUUAAAGAAAAUUUCAAUUUUGGAAAAAGAAAAUAAUUCUAGAUUAGGUACAUUUGAAUUAAAUAAAUAUUCUGCAAAUUUUUUUGAUCCAUCAUUAACAUGGGAAGAUGUUAAAUGGCUUGUUGAUUAUUCUAAAAUUCCAGUUAUAAUUAAAGGUAUUCUUCGUGGUGAUGAUGCAGAAAAAGCAAUUGAAUCUGGUGCUGCAGCUAUAAUGGUUUCUAAUCAUGGUGGAAGACAAUUAGACACAACAGUUUCAACAAUCGAAGCUUUACCUGAAAUUGUUAGGAGUGUCCAAAAGAGAAUACCAAUUUUUAUUGAUGGAGGUAUUCGUAGUGGAAGUGACAUAUUUAAAGCUAUUACUCUUGGAGCAGAUAUGGCUUUUAUUGGAAGGCCAAUACUUUAUGGUCUAACUAUUGGUGGAGAAAGUGGUGUAACACAUGUAUUAGACAUCUUAAAGAAAGAAUUUACAACAACAAUGAAGUUAUCUGGUUGUGACUCGAUUAAAUUUAUGAAAGAGGCAAAAAAUUUAGUUAUAAAUUCUGAUUUUAUACCAAAAUUAUAG